CAAUUCGAAAGAGCUCGCACUCCAGCUUGGCGUUCAGUCCGGCACAGACGCUCUGAAAGCUUCUCUCCGACCUACCUCUUCAAUUCCAGUUCUCCUGAAGCACUCGGCGCAGCCGCCCAAACAAUAAACAGCCAUGGAUGCCAUCAAGAAGAAGAUGCAGAUGCUUAAGCUCGACAAGGAGAAUGCCUUGGACAGAGCUGAGCAAGCCGAGGGAGACAAGAAGGCAGCUGAGGAGAGGAGCAAACAGCUCGAGGAUGAUCUGGUAGCUCUGCAGAAGAAACUGAAGGCAACUGAGGAUGAGUUGGACAAGUACUCCGAGGCUCUUAAGGAUGCCCAGGAGAAACUGGAACUGGCUGAGAAGAAAGCCACAGAUGCUGAGGGUGAUGUAGCCUCCCUGAACAGACGCAUCCAGCUGGUUGAGGAGGAGUUGGAUCGUGCCCAGGAGCGUCUGGCCACUGCCCUGCAGAAGCUGGAGGAGGCCGAGAAGGCUGCUGAUGAGAGCGAGAGAGGCAUGAAAGUCAUUGAGAACAGGGCGACCAAGGAUGAGGAGAAGCUGGAGAUGCAGGAGAUCCAGCUGAAGGAGGCCAAGCACAUUGCUGAGGAGGCUGACCGCAAAUAUGAAGAGGUGGCCCGUAAGCUGGUGAUCAUUGAGGGUGAUCUGGAGCGUACUGAGGAGCGUGCUGAGCUGUCUGAGGGCAAAUGCUCUGAGCUUGAGGAAGAGCUGAAAACUGUGACCAACAACCUGAAGUCACUGGAGGCCCAGGCCGAGAAGUACUCACAGAAGGAAGACAAGUACGAGGAGGAGAUCAAGGUCCUCACCGAUAAGCUUAAGGAGGCUGAGACUCGUGCCGAGUUCGCUGAGAGAUCAGUAGCCAAGCUGGAGAAGACCAUUGAUGACCUGGAAGAGAAACUUUCACAAGCUAAAGAAGAAAACCUCGACUUGCACCAGAUGUUGGAUCAGACUCUAAUGGAACUGAAUAACAUGUGAAGGCCUGUGCUUUGUCCCCCAUUCCUUUUCCUGUUUUGUUUUUGGUUUUACUUGCACCUCGCACGCCAUGACAUCCCCCCACCCCACUUGGUGGGACUCGAGUAACUAGAAGCUUUGCAUUCACCGUCCUGCUUCCAUUGGAGCCCAACGAAGGCACACGCCCAAGAGGAGGAACACUAGCAUUCAUACACGCGCAACGUUUCAAUGAUGUCUGCAUUUUGUUAACAAAAAGGGUCAAGGUUUUUUUUUCCUUCUGUCUUUUUUUCUGUCUUUUUUUUUUUAACAAAUUCAAGUGGAAUCACUUGUGCCAUUGUGCCAUGAUUUAAUGUGUUUUUUUUUCUUUAUCUCCUCUUGAAAACAUUUGAUACAUCCCAGAUUCACCCCAGAUGCAUUGUGAAUACAGUAGUCCUCCUUGAAAAAACAAAGAUGAAGGAAUUUGCACUUAAUUGUAGAUUAAACCUCAUAUUAUGCACGUAAAUUGCUCAUGUAGGUCAAAUUCUGACUAACGCCAGCGGUUUGUUGAAGGUCAGUUAUUUUUAUUUUAUU